UAAUAAUUUUGGGCAUAAAUGCAGUGUUUGGUCUUAAUAGUACCCCCUGCAACCCCAGGCAUACACUGCAUACACACAGAAUGUGCAGAAAAUGCGUGAAUUUCCUAUCUGAAAUGUCAUUAAAACUUGUCCAGUCUAUCUACCGACGGUAGGUGGCGGUAGCGCGCAUUAAACUCAGAGAAACAGGGAGAACAACAGAAGAACAAAGUCACCCGAGCAGAGAGCAUGCUUAUGUUUGUUUGUCAGUCUGUUUAUCUGUAGCUUGACUAAUGCACCCUGCUUUAGCAUAUUACCAAUAAAUAUUAAAUCACAUGACCGAGUCAUUGAUUCGGUUCAUUUAAGUCUGAUUAACCUCGGCCAACUGACUGAGUUAUGAACAGUAAAUUGACUAGUUAACGUACCGGAAAUGAGGAUUUCUCACACUUUACUCAACGCUUCUUCCAAGUUCAGGACUGUGUUUGAUUUCGGAGAGAGACAAGUUGCACACUGGUUCCCUGGACAUAUGGCUAAAGGACUCAAACAGAUGAGAGCUAGCCUGAGGAAGGUUGACUGCAUCAUUGAAAUCCAUGAUGCCAGAAUACCAUUUUCUGGAAGAAAUCCUUUGUUUCAAGAGAACCUUGAUGUCCGGCCGCAUUUACUCAUACUGAAUAAGAUGGACCUGGCAGACACGUCAGACAAAAUGAGUAUCCUGAAACAGCUCGAGAGAGAUGGCGUUAAGAACGUACUGCUCACAGACUGUCUAAAGCAAAGAGACACGAGUGUUAAAAAGAUAAUUCCUCUUGUAACAGACCUAAUAGAGAACGCUCCUCGUUUCCACAGAGAGGAGAAUAGAAGUUAUUGCCUAAUGGUGAUUGGAGUGCCAAAUGUUGGGAAAUCUUCAUUGAUUAAUGCUAUAAGAAGAACAAACCUGAAAAAAGGCAAAGCCUCAAGGGUUGGAGGUGAACCUGGAAUUACGAAAGCUGUCCUCACCAAAAUCCAGGUGUGUGAAAGACCCAUCAUACAUUUGCUUGACACACCGGGAGUGCUGCCUCCUAAGAUCGAGAAUGUAGAGACAGGGAUGAAACUCGCCUUAUGUGGUACUAUACUGGACCACUUGGUUGGAGAAGAUAUCAUAGCUGAUUAUCUGCUUUUUUCACUCAACAGACUCCAGCGGUUUGGCUAUGUGGAGAGGUAUGAUCUAGAAACACCAUCUGAUGAUAUUCAGCAUGUGCUGAAGUGUAUCGCUGUUAAGUUAGGCAAGACUCAGCGAGUGAAAGCCAUCACAGGAGUAGGCGACAUUACCGUCAGAAUGCCUAACUACACCGCUGCAGCCUAUGACUUCAUCAGAGCUUUCCGUAAAGGAGAGCUGGGCAAAGUCAUGCUUGACUAAUAAAACAUGAAACAUGUUGCUUAUGCUGAUGAGAGAUUCAUGAUAUUCAUGGUAAUGGCAAUUGUGAUUAUCCUGUAUCAAUACUGACUAAAUUCUAUUGCACAAAGAUGCUUUGGUGCUGUUUCUUACAGUUCUCUGAUAUAAUACAAAUUAAAUACUGUGUGGAAACAAUCAAAUACAUACUUACAUAAAACAGAUUUUUCUAUGUAAUAUUAAAACAGCACCUAUAAAUAAGUAAUACAGUGAAUCAUUUCAUUUAAAAAUCUUUUACACAAUGCUCUAGCUAUGACUUUUCCCAGUCCAUCUACACACACACACACACACACAC